AUGCAGUUUGAAAGAAUGGAGCCAUGGGAGGGACUUGAUAUAGACGACAGUUACCUCAAAGCAUUCUUAAAAAAGUGCAACUCAACUGCAACGUUGAUACCAGGACCUGCUGGAAAUGUACAAGCGGCCAUGCUAAACAGGCAAAGAGAUGAACCAAAGUCAACACAGGAAUUUGUUAAUGACAUUGCAAAGGCAACAUUUGAUCGAGAUUUUAAAUCUAAUCCUUGGAUAUGGGCUGAGAAGUUUAUUAAACACCAUGGACUUGUACAAGAUGGCAACAUUAACAACGUCACCCAACUAGAACGCGUUAAGUCAAUGCAUGUGCUUCCAUUUGUAGCAUGCAUUGUUAAAGAGUGCAACCCAAAUGGAUUGGGUGACAUGAAAAUUGUUGUCAAGGAUCAAAAUACCUCAUUGUCUGCUUCGGUUCACAACAAAGUCCUUCUGCAUCCAGAGUUUGGGCCGGAUAUAGGAGUUGGUGCUGUGUUAUUAUUGCAAAGUGUUGGUGCAUUGAGUCCUUUUGGCAGGAUUUACUAUUUGAAUAUAACAGUCCGGAACGUUGUGAAGGUCUUCAAAGCUGACAUAGGUCCUCCAACUGAGGAACUACUUAACGCUUCAUCAAGACCUGUGAUUCGACCCAACCCAUGUGCCCAAAACAACAACAAAAACAAAGAUGUUGGUCCAUCUGAAAAGGCUUGUCCUUCUGGCUCUAAUAAUAAAACAACAACCCCCAUGGAAGAUUGA